AUGGGUAGUAAUAGAGAUCCAUUUUUUGAUGAUGAUAUAGCCAGUUCUGAUGAACGUUCAAAAGAAGAUCGAACACCUCCAGUUCCUACUACAAGAAAAUAUUUAUCAGAUGAUGUUAAAACUACUGAAAUAACGGAAGAUCCAACUGUAAUACCACGUUCAUCAUCACCACCACAUUCACCAUUACCACGUUCAUCGUUGCCACGUUCACCAUCAUCACGUUCAUCAUCAUCAUCAUCAUCAUCAUCAUCACGUUCGUCAUCAUCAAGUUCGUCGUCACCGUCUCCAGCACAACAACCAAUAGUUUCACAACCAGAAAAAAUUAACGAAGAAGUUCAUAAAAGAAAAUCUUCAUCUAGUAGUUCGUCAUCACCAUCUCCAGCACAACAACCAAUAGUUUCACAACCAGAAAAAAUUAAUGAAGAAGUUCAUAAAAGAAAAUCUUCAUCUAGUAGUUCAUCUUCAUCUACUAAUUCAUCUUCAUCUAGCAGCAGUUCAUCUUCAACAGAUUCAUUUGAAUCAGCCAAAGAUGAAGUUAAAGUACAAGAAGAAAAAGAAAAAGAUCAAGAUAAAAUUCUACAUCAUUCAAAAAUAGAUGUAAAUACUCAAACUGAUCAAAUUGCUCUUCGCGAUGAAUCAGUUCAAACAAAUCCAGUUAACAUUGAACUAUUAUCAAUACCUACAACUCGUAAAAUAGACUUUGUAUUAGAAUCAAAAAAAUUAACAACACCUUUAGUUAAAAAUUUAUUUGAUCAACCAAUAUCAUCAACAUUACCAAUAGUUAGUUUUUGUCAACCAUUUUCUAUGACAAGUCAUUUAGAUGAUAUUAUUCUUGCUAUGCCACGUCAUUUAAUGAUAAUAAAUAAUAAAAAUUCUAUUAGUGUUUAUCCAUGGCAACAAUUAGAAGAAACAACAUCAACUAUUCUUGAAUGUUUUUGGUGUUCAUUUUUAUAUAAACUACUUGUUACAACAUUAGAAAAUAAUCGUUUAUUUAUAUAUGAUUUUAUAUCAAUUAUUGAUUCAAUUAAACUUCGUGGUCGUCCAUUAUCAAUCAAACAUCAAAGUUAUUCAAAACAAAUAAAUUCAUCAUUAUUAUUACCAUCAUCAUCUCGUUAUCAAUUAUUACCAGCUAUAUGGUCUCAAACACGUUUUACUAAAUCAAAUUCAUUAGGUAUUUAUUAUUGUUAUAUUAGUGAUCGACAAUCUUCAUGUAUGUUAACACGUAUUGAUCAUAAUACAAGAAAACAUGUUAAAUCAAUUGAUUGUUCAGGUGGUAGUAUUAAUAAUAAUACACGUGUUUGUGCUAUGGGUUUAUCUGAUGAACGUAUAGCUAUUGUUUUAACAAAUCUUAUUAUGACACUUUAUGAUGCUGAAACAUUAUUAGGUUUACAUCAAAUAAAUUUAUCACGAUCAACUAAUUAUAAUAUACGUGGUAUUAGUUCAAUUAUGUAUUUAUGGAAAACAUGGCUUAUAUUUGAUCCAAUUGAAAAUAAAAUUGUUGGUAUUGGAAAACAAAAACGACAUUUUGUUAAAAUAUUACCUGAACAACCAACUAAUGCUUGUUCAAUGGAUAAUGGAACUUUAGCUUUAUGGCUUGGAUAUCCAGGUGUACUUCUUUAUUAUCGUUUAAUAGAAUAG